AUGGGUCGUGGGAGAGGGAGAGGGUGGCCACACUUGGUGCCACCGUUAAUAACCAAUCCAACGGUGACUGAUCAGAAUACUGCGGAUAAGGAAAACUAUGGGAUUGGUGAAGUGCAAGCUACCAAUUUGGAGUGCGAUAGCCAGGCGGGAGAGGAAGCAGCGACAACUGAUACCAAAACUCUAAAUCAAGUGAUUACUGAAGAAGCCAAGAAGGAGGUGGAAGUGACCCAACCGAAGAAGCUCUGGGUUGACAUUAUCAAUGAAAAUCAUAACCCGGCGAAGGGACUCACCAUGGAAUUUGUUGCACCAAAGAUUAUUGAUGGAGAAGUGGAAAUUCAGAUUGAAGAAGCGGAUGUUGAAGCAGAAGUGAAAUUCUGGGAAUCUGCUCUCAUUUUGUAUGCCUUGGGUGUUUACCUAAGCAUGAACGCGGUGACACAGUUCAUGAGCAGAACCUGGAACUUUGUGACACUACCUGAGAUGUUCUAUAAUGAGGAAGGUUUUUUCAUUCUUCGUUUCCACUCAUUCCACGACAAGGAAUUAGUUCUGAUGAAGGGGUCGUACUCAAUCCGUAAUAGACCUACGUUGCUGCGUGAAUGGAAGCCUGAUUUUAGUAUGAACAAGGAUAUGCUACGCACAAUACCGUUAUGGGUGAAGCUUCCCCAACUUUCUCUGCAUCUUUGGGGGGAACGAAGCCUUAGUAAAAUAGGAAGUGCAAUUGGAACUCCUCUAGUGACUAAUGAAUGUACGACAAAUAAACUCAGGGUCUCCUAUGCACGAAUCCUUGUGGAAAUUGAUGUUACACAAGAGUUAAAAACAGAAAUCCUAAUCAGAGAUGAAAAGGGAGCGCGAAUGAAACAACCGAUUGAGUAUGAGUGGAAACCUUUAUACUGA